CCGUACUAUAUAUAAUAAACCCAUACAACCUCAUUUCACUAACCAGUAGUAAUAUUGUCGAGAUAUGGCGACCAAUACCUUCGCUAUCUUUUUCACCCUCCUACUCAUCUUCUCUUCUCAGUGGACGAUUCCAGGAGCAGAAGCACGAGUGUGCCAGUCGUUGAGCCAUAUGUAUCAUGGAUCUUGUCUCCGCCACCAUAACUGCUCUGUCAUCUGCCGGAAUGAAGGUUUCUCCGGCGGAAGGUGCAAAGGUGUCCGCCGCCGCUGUUUCUGCACCAAACUUUGUUAGAUACUUAGAUCUGAUAAAUUUAUCCAGUUUGUGGCGGAAACUCGAUUGGUGUUGUUUCCUCUAGCUUGGUUUAUUUAAUUUCGAUUUGAAGUGUUUGUUGUAAGAAUCUUUGAAUGAUUAUGGUUUGGAAUGUAGUUUGUUAUCGAUUAUGUUUUGAAAA